AUGCCCUCGCUCUUUUCCGUUGCCGCAGCGUGGAUCCUCGGCCUAGCGACACUUGUCCUAGCCGCUUGCAACGGGCACGACGAGCUCUGCAGUCGCCCCUACAGCAACGUGACGUUCGUGGGCUCCCACGAUAGCGCCUUCGUUGGGCUGCUGCCCAGCCAGAACCAGCUCAUCUCGGUUACAGAUCAGCUCAACCUGGGCGUCCGCUUCCUGCAGUCGCAGACCCACGAUCGCGAUGGCACCAUUGAGAUGUGCCACACGAGCUGUAUCGAGCUGGACGCCGGCACGCUGACCAACUACCUCACACCCAUUAAGACUUGGAUGGAUGCGAACCCAAACGAGGUCGUUACACUACUUAUCACCAACGGCGACGCUAUCCCUGUGUCCAAAUUCGCCGAUGUCUUCUCUGCCGUGGGACUGGAGCAGUAUGCCUUCACUCCAAGCAGUGCGCUGUCGCUGGACCAGUGGCCGACACUGCAAACCAUGAUCGACAAUGGAACGCGACUAGUCGUUUGGAUGGAUUACAACAUGGACACUGCGACUACUCCAUACAUCCUUGACGAGUUCGCUUACUAUUUCGAGACAUCGUAUGAGGUGACGGACGAUUCCUUCCCUGACUGCAACAUCGACCGCCCCUCUGGAGCGAGUGCAAACGGUCGCAUGGGCCUUGUCAAUCACAUGCUCCACAUUGAAAUCCUCGGUAUCCAGAUUCCGGAUCUUGUCAAAGCGGACGACACGAAUUCGCUAAACUCGAUCGAUGCGCAAGCUGGGAUUUGCGAGGGCCUCUACGGCCGGGCGCCCAAUGUCGUGCUGCUUGACUAUGUGAACUUGGGGGAUGCAAUGGGUGCUCAGGCUGCGCUCAAUGGUCUGUAG